ACGAUAGUGUGAAACCGAAUAAGCCACUACACUCAUCUCUGUAGGCCGUCUCAUGUAACUAUGGAAACCGUGGACUCGGAGGUCGACGACCAUAGCAGAGAGUGCCACUUCGUAGGCAUAGCGGCGGGAAGAUUUAGCGAAAGUUCUUUGUGCGAUAGUGAGUUUUCCCACUCCUAAGUCCAUAGAAGGUUCCGUUCUUAAAUGGACAAUCGUCCAUCAACAUCUUCGGCUCGUCGGCCUCCAUCGGGAGUGCGUCUCUUUACAGGACGCGGCAGUUUGGCAAAUGGCUCCGUUCCUGGUACAGCGAGCCGCUUGGUGUCUGCGAGCCAAAGGCCAGGCUCUCGCUCCACUCUCGUUCCGCCGCCUCCAUCAGUCAGUAUUGCCGAUAGGCCAACUACCCAACAUGGACUCUACGCACCGAAGACCGGUACCCGGUCGGGCACGCGGCGACAGAUUCAGGAUAAGUCCUACUUUAUGGCCUUGAUCCGUAACAAGAUGUCUGAACUUUAUGCAGAAAUCACAAAGCUCCAGAAGGAGAACGACCGUAUGCAGGAAGAACAAAGGAAUGUGAUGGUUCUCCAAAAGAAAGCUGAAUCCUUAGCAAGUGAGCUGAAACUUCUUCAGGGGGAGUUAGCAGAUUACAAUAUCGUUAUCGAUAAAAUGAACGUGAAUGAGGGAGUCGACGAUAUUGAGCACGAGUGCAAUGAGCUCAAGACUCAAAAUGACCAGGAGGCUCGUUCUGUGGAGGCGCUCUUCGAACAACGUCAAGAAAACGAGGCAAAAAUUCGUGACUUAGAGCGAGAGAUACUCGAUGUCAGAAAUAUUGCAGAUAAUAUGAUCUCCCAGAUGAAAGCUGAUCAACGACAAAAGUAUGUUGAAUUAAUGCGCCAGUCGAAACUGCUGGGUGGAGAGCUUGAAAAACUGCAGGAAGAAGCAGCUAGUAUCGCAGCCAAACGCAAACAGCUUGAGGAAGAGGUCUCCUUAUCACAGGUCAAGCUAGAGGCCGUGGCUCUCUAUAGCAAGCUGCGAGAAGCCCGCGAAAAGAAGGAGGCUCUUCUUGAGGAAGAAGCUACAAAGGGGACACCAGUACAGGAAAGGGAGCGCCUCCUUAAGCAGGUCAAGCAGGACAAUGUUCAACUGGCAGGUAUUGAAGCUAAGAUCCAGGAGCUAACACAAAGUAUUGGUCGCGCAAAGGAAGAAAUAUCUCAGCUUGAAAGCGAGCUCGAUGAUCAAAAUUCAGAACGCAGCGCUAAAUACCGCGAGCUGAAAAAGCGCGAGGAGACUAUGGAUGCUUUUUUGGAUUCGUUCGAGCAGACAAAAGCUGCAGAACUUGAACGCCAGGAUAAGAUCAAAGAAAGCGUUCGUCGUCUCAGACAAGACACCGACCAAAAAACGUAUCAAGCCAACAAUUUGCCAUCUCAAAAUAAGCUGCAGGAGCUCCAGAACGACCUCAGUUUCAAAGAGGGAGAGCUUGAGAAAAGUAAGUCAACGAUGUCGGGUCUAGAAAUCGAACAGCGUAAGCUUGCUUCGGAUCUACAAAAGAUUGAGCAACUGGAUGUGAAGGUGCGUCAGGAGAUGGAAACGAUCAAAGCCCGUUUGACAACGAUGAGAGAAGAGAUGCUUAUUUAUGAAGACAUCGACCGCCUCAAAGCACAGGCACAGGAAAAGAGAGAAUCUCUUAUUAAGGAACAAGAAUCACUGCUCCUAAGGAAGGACACCACACGAAAGGUGGUUGAGGAACAAUCCCGUGAGGUCGACGCACUUAGGCGCGAACUGGAACAAGAUGACACCUUUGGCAAGCUUGCAAACCUGGAAAGACGUUGGCAACAUGUUGAGGCCAACAAUCAACAGCUGCGCGAGGCCAUCGCGUCCAAAGUGGCACAGCAUUCGUGGCGACAUCUGCAACAGAAGGUUCAAUCCGAAGUAGCGGCGUACAACGAACUACUACAGGAUAGCCUCGUCACGUCGGGCCCAACGAUGUUGUAGAUAGAGCAUUUGCAGCAAAACUAUUUAAAAAACGCUUAUUUCAUCCUCUCAUUAUCAAUAGAAAGAAGCAUUUGACGACGAAAGAAGCAUAGAGCCACUGACUUCCGUAACUUUUGCACAUUCAUGUAUCAUUACAAAUCCUUGACACAAUCAAAUUAUUUCAAAAUCAAACAAUAUUUCUUCGCAUUAAACAUCAAGUGGUUCUUGUAAACGUAGAUGAUCCACCGUCACGUAUUUUUCACUAAGAGCACGUGCCACUACCACCUGAUGCGUAGAAGUUCCGUUCCUUAAUUGAUUAUCGAUGCUAUUGGCCUCUACAGCAUGUGU